UGUGCGCCGCCUCUGCUCUCCUGGUUCCUUCCGGCAGCAUGGCGGCGGCCUUGGUGAGAGGAGCAGCUCGGGAGCUAGCCUGGCUUCCGUCCUUCCAGUGUGUCCGCCAUGGCUCCAAAGCAGUUACCCGUCAUAAGAAGGCCAUGCACUUUGAGAGGCAAAAGAUUAUGGCGCUUACAAAGUAUAUUCCACCUAAGCCUUCCGAUGAGAAGUGUCUGCAGCCAAGAACUAGACCUGAAGACACUGGCAAGGAGAACCUACUGGAGCGAUUUCUGUGUACCCAGCUAUCUGCAGUUCUCCAGAACAGUAAGAUGAUUGCAGUGUUUCAGCGCAAUUCAAUCGGAGCAGAGGACUUUUUACUUUUUCGACACAGGCUUUUCAAGCAUGACCUUCAUAUCAAAGUUUUUCCUAAUCAGGUCACUAGAAAGGUUCUAGACCAGUUCCAACUCCAAGCCAUGCUACCAUUAUUUAUUGGACAUACAUUUCUAGUGGUGAGCUCCGAAGCAAAGGUGAAGGAGAUGCUACAGGCUGCACGGACAGUGCCACAAACAGUGCUUUUAGGAGCCUGUGUUGAAAACAGACUGCUAAGCCGACAAGGAGUUGUGAAUUAUUCCAAGCUACCUAGCAAGGAAACCCUGCAGGGCCAGCUUGUAAGUACGCUGGGAACAAUGACUUCAGAGACGUCAAGAUUGUUGACACAUCAUUCAUCACAUCUGUCCAGCCUGCUGAAGCAACACAGCAAGGAGGAUGUCAAGAGUGAUUGAGCAACCACUGUUUAUUAUUGAUAAGACUUUUUAAUAAAAGUGCAUGUAGUGAACA